AUGUCCAAUCGAAAGGCAGGCGGAUGGAAAAUCAAUUUACAAACCGCCAUUAUACCGCUUUAUAUCGUCUCGAAAGUGUGCUGCCUGAAUGCAUUCACCUAUUUACCGCUCCAAAAGUGCAUCGGCUGUAAGAGCACGUGCAAAAUCAGCAACACGUCGGGGGUGGAUUCCACCCGACCAAGCGGCAAAGCUUUAGCAUUCUCCUGCGUUGGUCUGCUGCAUGCAAUGGGAUGCAGUCUGGCAUACGUAUGCUAUCACAUCCUAUCGUCGCUGAGCCAGUCGAGCAAGCUGACGGAUUCGAACUUGGUGCGUGUGGCGAUCGACCUGAAGAAUCAGUACAUUGGAUGCAUCCUGGUGCUGAGCCUCGUCACCGUGUCCUUGUUGCGCCAGCCAGCAUUCAAUCAAUUGAUACAGGUGCUGCUGCAGGUCGACCAGCGCAUACCGGUGAUGGUACGAGCGGUCGUACAAUCGGACGUCAAGCCAACGGCGGUCAACAAUGCGGUCUGGUUGAGGAAUGUCCUGCUGAUGCUCGUGCUGGGUGUCGGUGUGAAGGCAGCACUGGAGAUCACCAACUGUCUCAUGUACAUACGCGACAGUGGCUCACCGUUUUCGUCCAACUGCUUGCUGCUCUGCAUCAUACCGCAAACGCUUUGCGUUAUCAGCGAGCUACAGUUUGUAGCCUAUGCGCUGCUAAUCAGGGACCGCUUAAGACUGCUCAACCGCUGGCUGCUGCAGCUGCAGCCCCAUCUGGCACGUGGCAGUGAGUCAGCCUACGGAUCGGUGCGUCAUCUCGCACACAUCCACGGGCAGCUGUUGAGCGCUAUCGGGUUGCUGAAUCGAUGCUUCGGUGUACAAAAUACAAUUUUACUGCUCUUCCAGUUUAUCACGCUUGUUGAGCUGGGCUACAAUACAUGCAUGAUGUCGGUUCGGUAUGCGGAAGCAAACGUCCAGCAGGGCGAUACCACGGAGGACUUUCUCGAAACGGUAUACUGGAUCGUUUGGUUUGUGAUGGAAAUAUUUGCACUCUGCUACUUCAGCCACGCCACUGUCGAGGAGGCACAAGCGACGGUUCAUCUGCUACGACCACCCACCGCUUAUCGGAUGAACCAAAGAAACCACUUCCGGCUGAUUUCUCAAGAACAGACAGUGUUUUUGAACCUCAAACCGUCCGUCUCCUGUGGAGGACUUUUCACCAUAGAUCUGACACUGUUCCAUGCGAUUAUCGGUGCCACAACAACCUAUCUAAUCAUACUGAUUCAGUUCGAUCAAUCGUUUAACGGUGAUUAA